UAGAUGGCUGUACAGUAGUUUACGGGGAAGACGUAAUACACUCAUUCAUCCAUAAUGAAAUGAAAUACAACCAAAAGGACGACUGGCAUGAAUAGGUGUAUCAUAUUGCUUGGUAUAAAUUUUGCGUAUAUGGCCCGAUCAAACUCGGUAGCUGCCUUAGCAUUCACCACUAUAUCACAAACGGUGCUGUCAAAGGUUCAGGUUGGAUGGUUCAGGUUGAUUUAUGUGGAAAAAAGAAUGUAUGAUAGGAUAAAGUGACAUAGUUGAAGGAAUGGAAGU